AAACCCCCAGUUGAUGGCCCAAUCUUCACAAAACUCGAUCCCUCCUCUCUCGAAGAGUACGAAAUCGGUAGCUCCACAUUAUAGGACAUUUUCAAGAAACACUCGACAUGAAAUACCUCUUCGUAGUCGCCUUCCUCGCCUUGGCCAUCCAACUAGCCAUGGCAGCUUCAACCAGCAGUGCCACCACAACGACAACCACAACAACCACUGACGCAACAACCACGACGACAACCACAGAUUCCUCCACAACCACAACCACAGAGUCGUCCUCCACUGGAACGAAGCGCUGCUCCAAGAGCAACAACUGGUGUGGCACCUUCAGGCCCAAGAAGAAGUGCAAGCACCCCAAGAGGUGCCACAAGACUGUUGUGAUUGUCACUCACAAAAAGAACUGAUGAAGCAUUAGGAAUCCUAUUAAAUAAAUCCCAAAAUUUAAAACCAA